GACCGAAGCAGAAGCGGAGGACGCCUUGCCGGGCCAGCCUGCGCCACCCGCGGCGCCUCGCCAGGGCGAGCAGGCGAAGGAUGGGGCAAGAGGCAGAGGCCAGGGCCGCGGCUUCCUGGGCCGGCGCUGACGCAGAGGCGGGCGACGCCUGGCUGGGCGAGAUCGGACCACCCGCGGCGCCGCCCCGGGAGGGCGCGGGAGAGGAGGCAGAGGAAGAGGCCAGGAGGACAGACUCCAGGGCGGAGCGCGAGAGGGCGGCGCAGGCGGACGCAGCGCAGAGGGCUCAGCAGGCAGAGGCAGCUGCUGCGCGGGCGCCCGUGCCGGGGGGCUGGGCGCGCGUGGGGGGCCAGACGGUGCGGCCCCGAACGCUAUCUGGCGACGGCGGUUGCGUCGUAGCGGUGACGCCAGGGCCGCGAGGCGAGGGAGGCGCCGUCACCUUCGUGUCCACGCGGGAGACGCACAAGAAGCUCAGAGAAGUGCAGCUCGCACUGGGUGUGGAGCACCUGCAGAGGCUCCCUCUGCCACCGCGGGGCGAGCCGCGGAAAAGGGCGCUCGCUGAGCUGUCGGUGGCACAGGCAAGGCAAGCGAAGACCUUGUGGUGCGCUACUCACGAGGCUCUCUUGCAUCGGGCGGAGAGGGGCGCAAAACUCGCCUGGGACGAGGUGGGCGCGGGCGCGUUCGAGGUCUUCUGGCGCCUCUUGCCGCCGGACACGGUCUGGCUGCUUGCCUGGCUGGUGACGACGACCAACGCCGCCGUGCUGGCGCAGGACGUGCGCCCAGAGACGGUCCAGAUGCAGUGCGACUGCAGGGGGCUCGUCGAGAAAGCCAGAUGCGUCCUCGCACCUGUCUUCGCGAACGGCCACUGGAAGAGCAUCCAGGGGAACCCUGACUGGACGCCGCUCUACUUCGACUUCCUGUGGCGGGAGCACAGGGCCUGCCGCGCCGCGGCGGGCUGCCUGGCGGCCUGGCUCGGCGUGGACAGGCCGCUCCCGGCGAGGGCAAACGUGGAGUUCCAGAGCGGCGCGCAGUGCGGCUUCUGGGCGCUGCACUUCGCCGAGGACGUGCGCCGGAGACGGUGCGGGCUCGGCUGCUGGAGCUCGGCCCUGGGAAAG